CUAAAAGACUUUUCGGCAAAACAAAACACAUUUUUACACAAAACACGCUAUAAUAUUAAUAAUACUAACUAGAAAUGUCGGAAACUAGCUCUAAGGAUAAUGUGAAAACGGCAAUGACCUAUAUUUGUGGAGAAUGCCAUCAUGAAAACGAGAUGCGCCCAAGGGAUCCGAUUCGUUGUCGCGAGUGUGGAUAUCGUAUCAUGUACAAAAAGCGCACCAAGCGUCUUGUUGUCUUUGAUGCCCGUUAAAAACCCCAUAAAAACAUAUAUACAACCGUCUAAACAAUAUAUUUAAGCAGUUAGAUUGUACAAAAUAAAGCUAUUGCUUUAAUAAAUGUCAUAGCCUCA